AUGUCUGGAUUACGCCCGUUUCCUCGGAAGACUGCCGUCGCCAUCGCUGUGGUUGGUGUGGUUGGGCUGUGCGCUGCUCGAAGAGCCUCGCUGCGCAAUGAAGCAUUUGCGGAGUCCCCAAAGGCAUGUGGUGGCCCUGAAGGUCAUCGAGGUCGUGGUGGCCCUGGUGGCCCUGGUGGCCCUGGAUUCGGUCCUGGUGGAAGAAUGGGCUUUCACACCUUGCGCCUGGAAAGUUUCGAACAAGUGAACGACAACACUAAACGCCUGCGAUUCCAACUACCAGACCCAGCAUCGAACGCCGGUCUCUCCUUGGCCUCAUUCAUUCUCACAUUUCAUAAGCCGAAGGACGCGUGGUUCCCUGUAAUUAGACCUUAUACCCCGAUUAACAACUUCGAUGAGCCGGGGUACAUUGAGCUCCUGGUCAAAAAAUACCCCAAUGGCAGGGCAAGCGGAUACUUGCACUCUCUUCAGCCUGGUGAUACGCUGAACAUCCGAGGACCUAUGCCGGGUUACAGAUUGAAGACCAAUGAGUUUGAACAUGUCAAUCUCAUUGCCGGUGGUGCUGGCAUCACUCCUAUGUACCAGCUGAUCCAAGGGAUGCUGAACAACCCUGACGACAAAAGCAAGAUCAAAUUAAUUUUCGGAGUCAACACGGACAAAGAUCUCGUUAUGAAGAGAGAACUUGAUGCAUUUGAGAAUAAGUUCUCCGAUCGUCUCAAGGUUGUUUAUAGAGUCUCAAAUCCGGUUGAAGAUUCCCCGUUCACUAAGGGCAGGGUCGACAAAGAGUUGCUGGAGACGGAAUUGCUAGGCCCGAAAGAUAGCAAGACUACCAAGGUCUUCCUGUGUGGGCCUCCUGCUAUGGAGGCGUCGAUUUUUGGGAGUAAAGGGUGGACUUACAGCCAGAAGGGAGUCCUAGAAGAACUCGGUUACUCCAAGGACCGGAUUCACAAGUUCUAG